UGGUGAGUGAGCGCCGUAUUGUUGACUACGAGAUACUACUGGAAGUCUGGUUAUUCGUCACACAGUGAUUUCGGACGUCGAUGAAGAGACGGAGCGGAUAGGCACACGUGGUACUGUACGUGCAGGAUGUCGAAUUCGGAGCGAUACGAACUAAGUAGAGAUGGACGUGACGAUCGGAACGAGGAGCGAGAACGGAAUGCACGUGAUGCGGAUCGUGACCGUGGCGAUAGACGGAGGGGACCGAUUUGUUACAAUUGUAACGAGAUCGGCCACUACGCCAACCAGUGUACACGACCUCAAAGAUAUGGCGGUACAGCACGUCCGUCAACAUCUACGGACUCCCGAAGAUCAGGAUCGCCACGGUGUGGAGAUUGGAGGAGGGAACCGAUCUCGCAUCUGGAUCGGGGAGUUACUCAGCAGAUUAGUGAACUGGGCAGAAGCGUCGUCACUAUGAAGCAGCAUUUUGAUGAGGAGAGGAUGCGUAAGGAGAACUGGUCAAGGCGGAAGCAAGAGAAGGAAGAAGAGAAGCGGCGCGAGGAAGAGUUGCGGAUCAGGGAAGCUGAGGAAAAGGCGAGGCAAGACGAGAAGGCUAGAAAGAAGAAGGAAAGGCGUAGGCGGGAGGCAGAAAGCCACGCCGAGUUGAAGAAGGAAUUAGGUAUGCAGAUGGUGCUGCAGAUCGGGGAGCUGGAAGACAAGUUUGUGCAACGUAUGCAGCUAGCGAUGUCGGAGUUAGGGAAGGGGAGGAAGACGACAUCGAUUACUACGGGAAUCGAUACUCCAGACGUGAAGGGAUCGCUGACCCGUUACAAGUUCCGAAAUUUGAUGAUGCAGGAGUUGAAGAUGCUGGACGCCGGUGAGCUGCAGCGUAUCUGCAAGGAGGAAGGCGUACCAUAUGACGGGAAAGUGGACGCGAUAUUCGAUAUCGCCGACCAUCGGACGUACCUGAAUUUUGACGUGAGCCAGAUGCAGGAGAGGCUGCCAGAGACCAUCAAUGUCGAAGAAUCGGAGAAUGUCGGACCAGAGCCGCAUGAUGAUGUGGACAAGGAGACACAUUAGUGGGACUUACGAGUGCCUCAGUUGUGGGCCAUAUGUCGAUUUCUCGCAAGUUGGAGAUGU